GAAGCGGGUUCUUUAAGAGAGGGGUGCGGGCGCGAGGCAUUGUCUCUACAGAAGUGCGCAAGAGCCAAUGGAGAGGCGCGUGACAGAGUUUGGGCAGAAGGGGUUUGUCUCACCUGCUCGAAAUCACUUCAAGAGGAGCGCGAACAGGACGUUUUCAGCUCGCGACAAUUAAUACGCACGUAUCGGACAGUUAACACUUCACUUUAGAUAACAGCGAUGAGCUCAAGUCUGGGCCGUGCGCCUUUCUGAGGUACAGCACCACUCCAGAAACGCGUCGGGUUUGUUUGCUACAACUUGGCAACUCAUCACUCCGGGAUUUAACAGUGAGCGCGGAACCCUUUCCACCGCCGAGUCGCUUUUUUAGGCAUCAUCAUGGAACUGAAAAAGAGCCAGACGCAAUGCAAGAAAGUGUUGGAUAACGUUGAUUUUAUCGUGAAGGAGUCAUUGUGAUUUCUGUUCUUCGUUGUUUUUGUACAUCAAAUGGCAGCGAUAUAAAUUCCACGAGCUCUGAGCACUUCAAGGAAGAAUAUUUGUUUUUUAAAAAAAUAAUAAAUUAUACACCUCUGGGAAUAAACCGUAAAUUUUAGGAAUUAAACAUCUGUGUGCAACAGACCCGCGACGAUGGAGCACACGGGAAUCGAAGAGGUGAACCAGACCCACCAGCAGCACGAACCCAUCAGCUUUGGAAUAGAUCAGAUUCUCAAUGGUUCCGAUCAGCCGAGCAGUUGCAUGCUGCCGAGCCGAACCGGCGAGCCGGACUACGCGCUCGCCCCGAACGUCUAUUCCAACGGCUACAACAGCGUGUACAAUCCGGCCUGUUCGAUGGCGGCCGGACUGGCAGGUUCCUACAACGUAAACAUGAACAUGAAUGUGAGCAUGAAUAUGAACGUUAACGUGAACUCAGGGAAUGCAGGCGGUGUCAUCCGCGUCCCGGCCCACAGACCCAUGCCACCCGCACAUCACCCGCCGACAACCGCCCAUCCACCGGGCAUCGCGGCGGGGAUGCCCACCGUGCCCACGGUCUCCAGCAUGGGCAGUCCCCACAGCUUCACGUUCCCCUGGAUGGAGAGCAGCAGAAGGUUUGCGAAAGAUCGGCUGACCGCAGCUCUUUCACCGUUCUCCGUGACACGACGGAUCGGUCAUCCGUACCAGAACCGAACUCCGCCGAAAAGGAAAAAGCCGCGCACGUCGUUCAGCCGAGUGCAGAUCUGUGAGCUGGAGAAGCGCUUUCACCGGCAGAAGUAUCUGGCGUCUGCGGAGCGCGCCACGCUCGCCAAGGCCCUGAAGAUGACAGACGCUCAGGUCAAAACCUGGUUUCAGAACAGAAGAACAAAAUGGAGGAGGCAGACCGCUGAGGAGAGAGAGGCUGAGCGACAGCAAGCCAACCGUCUGAUGCUGCAGCUACAACAGGAGGCCUUUCAGAAGACCCUGAGUCAACCGCUCCAACAAGACCCUCUCUGCCUACACAACUCCUCGCUUUACGCCCUGCAGAACUUACAGCCUUGGGCCGAAGACAACAAGGUGACGUCCGUCACCUCAGUCGCAUCUGUGGUCUGACCUACAACUCUGAUGAGUGUGCUAGUUAACUGAGAAAGGAUUUUAUAGUACAUUAUAGGACGCCGAUUAGACCUUAAAUUGGGUGGAUCUUUGAUAUUCUCACUCGGACUCAAGAGCAUCUGUAUACGACGCCAUACGUGUUUUUGAGAUCUUGCUUUGUAAAAAUGUCUUUUCCAAUCAUACAUGGAAAGAAUCUAUUCGAUUUCAAUGAUUUUUGACAGGAUCAGCUUUGAGCCCGAGUUAAAAAUCGCUAGAUUCAUUUCAGAUUAAACCGAUUUGUUUAUCAGCAUUUUUCAGAAACGUGCUUAUUUAAGUCUUGGCGUGAAGCAAAAACCCUAAUGUAUUCCCAGUUAAAGUGGAAUCAAAACAAAACACAAGCACACCCAGUUUACAUUUUCAUUCCCACCUGAAUCUGACUGGUCAUUUGAAUCUCGACCCUUACGCUCCAUUCUCGUUCCUCUUUCUUCAGCUACCCAUCUAAGAGAGGGACGGGCUAUGUCCUUUCCAACCCAAAACCGCAAAGCUGUCUGAUGAAUUUCACCCAUCGAGACGGCUGUCUACGUGCCAUUUGGCAUCAAGGAGACUGACUCAACCCCAGACUCGUUCAUUCUUGUUCUUUUUAUUUGUGUUUUUGUUUUCUUUUCCUUUGGACUUUGUAAGAUGUGUUUGUGCUGCAUGUUCUCUACAUUUCCUGUAUGAAGAGAUGGACUAAAAACUGUUAGUUCUGUCAAGCCGGAGUCCUUCCUAAAACGCACUUUGGAAGCAACUUUGGAGGCGCUCUCUCUGGAUUCUUCAUGACGUGACGUUUAAAGGUGUUUUAUAUUAAAAAAGAAUUGUGACUUCUAA